AUGCCUCCAUCAAUUCUAAAUAAAUCUGAUAAUAUAAGACUUGAAGAACUUAUAAACUCAGUUAUGUCUCUGCAAAACAAGAUUACCCAGCAAGAAUCAAAUAUUUCAAAAAAACUUGACAAGGCCUUACAAUCGCUAAAUAAUAUUAUUUCGAAGAAUAGCAAGUUAAAAGAAAAAAUCUCUGUCCUAGAAAAUAAAAUUAUGUGCUUUGAACAAACAGACUUUUAUAUCGAAUUAUCUGACAGAGAUCACAGGGCAUUAUUUUCAAUGCCCCAGAAUCUACCUCGUUUUCUGUUAAUUUGA